CCCAAAGAUAUUGGGCCAUCUCACUAAACCAAAUCAGCAGCCCAAUAUCCCCCUCAACCGCCCCAGCCCAAUUCUCGCCGACCCGGCCCAAAACCACCUAAACAUCAGCCUAACCAAACAAAAUCCCUAGCUCUUUUUCCAUCCCAACCAAACGAUCCCCUAACUCCUUUCCCCUUCAACCAACAGCUAACCAAACGACGCCGCCAUCCCACCCCGUCACGUCAAUUCCAUCAGCUCGUCAGCACUACCACGCCGUCGGACCGCUGGGUUAACGUGGUCAUUGACGCCACUGGCCUCACAGGUCACCUUUUCUCCCGUCACCCAUCUCCCUUUUUUCUGAAAUGGAGCUUGACGACUCGUAAAAAGGUCGAUUGAGACCUCUGAGAACGAGAAAUAGCGAAUCCACAGCCAUCAAACCCAUCUGAAAAGGUGAAAAUCCGUCACCUUUUCUUCAUUUUUCCUCUUUUCGAAGUUUCAGAUUUUUCCCCCUCUUUUGAUUCGAAAUUUAAAGGCAAAUUUCCCUUUGAAGAAGUUGUUGAAACCCUCAGUGUUUGCCUAUAAAUACGGCCUUCUUGGGCUGUUCUAGAGAGGUUUUUUUUAGGCUGAAAACUCCCCCUUGAACAAAGCUUUCAUUGAGAAUAUCUCUUUCAAAGCUUCCAUACUCAGAAAAAUCGACUUUUAACCAUGAGUUUCUUUUUGGCUGUCAAAAUCUCUUUUCAAGUUCUCGGCUGAAACAACAAGCUUUCGAGUGGAUUCGGAGACUCGACGAUGACGAUAGCCUUAGUUCGCUGUCACGGAGAAGAUGGAAAUCAACCAAAACCUACCAAAUAUCCAAAUGAUAGUCUCACCUCCUCACGACCUGCAAACUUGGUGGAGGAACAUAAGAGUGGCACACCGGGAGGAAGUCAGGCAACACCUCGGGUCGUUGAUGUCGCUAAUGGGUAUCCAAGCCAACAAAACUCUCACUAAGCUGCUGAUAGAAUUUUGGGAUCCCGCUAGUGUAACCUUCAAUUUUUUAGAUUUCGAGAUGACCCCUACUCUAGAGGAAAUCUGUGGAUUCACCGACUUGCCAUUUGAGGGAAGAAUGUCGGUGUUACGAUCCUUCAUAUCGGGAGAGAAAUUCUUGCGCAUUUUGGGAUUUAAUGUCUACCCGGUCCUGAGGAACGUUGAAAAUGAUCGAGUGAAGUUUGACUUUCUGUUUCAGAGAUUUGGGCAUCGAGAAAGCUUUGAUCAACAUCAGGAUGAGUUCGCAUGUGACCGUGGAAGGUGGGAGAAAAUGAGGCCACGAGUCUACGCCAUAGCCUUGUUGGGAAUCUUGGUCUUCCCGAAGAGAGCCUACCGAAUCAAUAUCAACCUUUUUCCACCUGUUAUGAAUAUCUUCUCGGGACCGAAUGAAUUGAUAUUGGUCCCUAUGAUUCUCGGGGAGAUGCCCCGAGCUCUAUCAGCCUGUUCAAGAGGGCAUAACUUUUUGAGGGUUGUAAUCUCUUGUUGCAGUUAUGGGCUGUGGAACACUUCUAUAGAUGCUCAUAGCACAAUUCAGAGCCAUACGGAAAGAAUGAGGUACUGGCCUGAACCUACAGGAGCAGAAGAGUGGCGCACAUUCUUGGUACAGCUCACGGGAGAUGCUGUUCAGUGGAAAUACCCCUGGCUGUCGGGGAAACCUUUAGUGAGAACUGCAAAUCUAUACUUCAUCGAGCUAAUCGGGUUGGACGGGAUUCAGCCAUACGCGCCCCUCAGAGUCUUAAGGCAGUUUGGAGUCACACAGGAUGUCCCAGUCUGGUCCCGCAUGGCAUUGCAUGAAGGUAACUAUGAUAGGUUGGUUCCCAUGGCACGAGUAAGAAUUCUACAAAGAGAAUGGUUGAACAUGAUCACGAUUGGUAUGGGAAACGAGAGUUGGUGCACACCCGAGUAUUACGCCUGGUAUAAUGUGGGAGGCCUGGCACUUCUACCGACCGAAGACGGAUUCGACGGGUUCACAGAAUAUGAUGUAGCCGACUGGCUUACAAUUGAGGGAACGUCAACAAUGACAUGUACAGGAAGGUAGUUCCGGGUUCAGUAAACCAUUUGAUAUAGUUGGUAGAAGAGGAGGACCCAGCAGAGUUUGACAAACCAAUAGAGGAGGAUCCGGAAGAAGAUCCAGAGUGGGAAGCAGAACGUGACCUUGCAAUGGAGGUGGAACCUGAGAAAUCACCCGAGUAUACUCCGGCCCGACCUUCCGAGGAGGAUCUGGAGGUGUAGUCCGAGCACGGGCCUACAGUACAUGGUACAGAGGAAGGACCUGAGUAUGAUCCAGAGGCAGGUUGGACAGACCUAGAGGAGGAACCUGAGUACGACCCAGGGCCCGAUUACGAUCCAGCAUAUGAUGGGGAUGACAAUGACGGCCCAACAUGGCCCUAGACUAUUUCCUUUCCACUUCUUGUUUUCUUUCCAUUCCAAAAGAGUGUCGUAUGGCCCAAUCCCUUUGUACGCCCUCGUGGCCACCCUUUGCAUUUUCAUUUUAAAUUUCCAUCGACCCAUUCCUCUUGUAUGCCUUUAUGGCCACCCCCUUUUGUGUUCUAUCAUUUCAAGCUGCCAUAGGCCAAUCCUUGUAAGCUCUUGAGCUACCUUUUGUUGGAAUGGAAGUUAUGUUUGUUCUAAAAAUAAAAAAUAAAAAAAAAUCACAGAAUGUGUCAAGAAAGGAUCAUCAUCAUCAACUUGUGUGUGACGUAGGCUUACCUCUGGCAAAAAGAGGCUCCACAAUUAGGACACGCUUGUUUGCACGUCGACUUGGCAUAAUUAUGUGAUCAAAUGUGUUACUCUACUCUUUCUAAAAGCCUCCCGGGCUAACUUUUGUUUUCCAAAUUGUCUUCAUUUUACUUUUAUCCCCCAACAGAGGUUGAUUUGUGUUGAUCUUUAAACUGGCUGAGUCACACUACAAUUUGAGAUCUAAGGGAAAAAUGACUAUCACCAACGAAGUCAACCCAACUGCUAAUCUUACCAUAACAAGUGAAAAUCCAGAAAGCUUAAGAGAGAGGAUUAAUCUGAACGAUGAAGAAGAGAUUGCCUUGCUAAAGCUACAAUUUGACGAACUAAGAGGAGAGCUGCGCCAAGUUUGGGACCUGACCCAUCUCACUGUGACUGCUUUCCCAAACCCAUCUCACUUUCUGUCUUUGGAUUCGCCGAUUCCAGAACACUUCCCUCCAUCCACAUGCCCACCUCCGAUACCCCUUUCUUUUUUUAACCUACCUCCAGUCGCUCCGGCAAAUGUACCAAAUUUGCCUAAACAAACCCCUUACGUCCCUGACUACACCCAUACUCCACAAAACCCACUAUCAACCCAAACUGCUACUGCACCUACUUACCCCACCGUACAGCACAUACCAGCGGCACACGUUGACACUUCUUACGAGCAACAUGUGCCACCGGUAUAUGCAGCUGGGGCUCCAAUCUUUACCGCUCCUGUCACAGUCACGGUUCCGUUCAGGGUGGAUCAAUAUGCAAAAAUGGAGAGAAAUGCCAAGAUAGGAGAAGACGAAUCAAUCAUGAACCAGCUGCACAGUCUAAGGAAAGAAAUGAGGAACAUGCGAGUCACUCGGGGAAGUGAGAGUUUGGAUUAUGAUGAUCUGUGCAUACACCCGGAUAUUGGCAUGCCAGUAGGGUACAAACCUCCUAAGUUUGAUAUUUUUGAUGGGACAGGUGAUCUUCAUGCGCAUUUAAGGGCCUACUGCGACAAGUUAGUAGGAGUGGGAAGGAACGAGAAAUUGAGGAUGAAAUUAUUUAUUAGAAGUUUUCAAGAGAGGCGCUCACUUGGUAUACUCGCCAAGAUCCUCGCAAAUGGAGCGACUGGCAGGAUAUGGCUGGGUAUUUCAUGAAUCGCUUCGGAUUUAACACUGAGAUCACACCGGACAGAUUUUCUCUGAGCAACAUACAGAAGAAGGCGACUGAAUCAUUCCAGGAUUACGCAAGACGUUGAAGAAUUGAGGCUGCCCGAGUUAUGCCCCCAUUGGACGAAAGUGAGCUCAGCAAGUAUUUCAUUCGAGCUCAGGAAGGCAUCUACUUUGAAAAGAUGAUGGGCUCAAUGGGCCAAAAGUUCGCAGAUUUGGUCAAAAUGGGAGAUUUUUUGGAGGAAGGAAUCAAGUCUGGAAAGAUUCAAUCAAUGGCCGCGCUACAAGCCGCAAGCAAAGUCGUACAGUCAGGUUCCAUUAGCGGAAUUAAGAAGAAGAAGGAGGAUAUAUCCAAUAUCACACCUUACUACCGGCGAGGAGAGUCAUCUCGUCGAUACCCUCACAAACCCCCAAAUCUUCGCUCAUGCCCCUUAUGUCCCAUACCCAGCUUAUAACGCCCAACCACAUUACAACCCACCACGAGCCCCCACUUACCAAAACCCUCCAAGACCUUACACCCCUAUCCAAGCACCCGUCCACCAGAAUAGACCACCAUAUGCCCCAAGACCUCGCCCGACUCCCGAAGUCAGAAAUACUCGAACCUAUAUCCCCAUAGCCGAGCUUUUAGCCCAGUUAUUUGAAAGGUUGAGGACAGCAGGAUUGUUGCAACCAGUUGAAGGGAGAAUCGCUGAUCCAAUUCCCCGAAACUUUGAUGGGAACAAACGUUGUGCAUAUCAUUCGGUAAUUUAGGGACAUGACACCGAGGAGUGCUUUGUUUUGAAGAACCAAAUUAAAGCUUUAAUCAAGAGUGGAGCAAUUCAAUGCACUACAACGCCCCAGAACGUGAACAACAACCCGCUACCAAAUCAUGGAAACCGAGCAGUUAAUAUGAUAUCAUUUAAUGAGGAAUAUGACUUGGAGGGAACCAUUGCGCCCGUUGGAAACACUGAGGCAUUUGUUGCAACAUCCCCAACUGCUCCCAUCAUCACGGUACAGUUGAAGGCGCCAGUAACUGUUCAGACAUACCAACCAAAAUUCGUGGUAACCACUGUUGUAGCAGGGAAGCGCAGUUAUGAUUCUAGGGCAGUCCCAUGGGACUAUAAAUUGAAAUGGAAGGCUAAGAUGAUGGAAACCGCAGUCGCUCAUGGAAUGACGAGGUCAGGAAGAUGUUACGUCCCGGAGGAUUUAAACAGAGGAAGUUCAGGCAAAGAGCACCAUCAAAGGGAAAACAUUACUGAUGCUGAGGCAGCAGAAUUCUGGAAGAAGAUGCAGACCAAAGGUUAUUCAGUUGAGGAACAGUUGAAGAAGACACCUGCCCAAAUAUCGAUUAUGUCUUUGUUGAUGAGUUCUGAAGCCCACAUGGACGUUUUAGUUAAGGUAUUGAGUGGAGUAAGCAUAUCGAAUGAGACGACGAGUGAAACGCUGGCCACAGCAAUCAGGCAGAUGGUCGAAGCAAGCAAGAUUUCUUUCCGCGAUGAUGAGCUUCCACCAGAAGGAACAGAACACAACAACGCACUUCACAUCACCGUGAAGUGCGGAGAUAAGUUCGUUUCUAGGGUAUUGGUCGAUGGAGGUUCAGGGUGUAACAUUUGCCCUCUCAACACCCUGAGAAGUUUGAAAAUGGACACGGGAGAAAUUAAAGAAAGUCGUAUGAAGGUCCGAGCCUUUGACGGGACACAAAGGGGUGUCAUUGGAGAAAUCUGUCUACAUUUGCAGGUCGGGCCUGUGGAAUUCCCGAUCCUUUUUCAAGUGAUAGACAUAUCAUCAACUUACAAUUUGUUGUUAGGAAGGCCAUGGAUCCAUAUGGCUGGAGCCGUUCCUUCCUCUUUGCAUCAGUGUUUGAAAUUCGAAUGGGGCUGGGAGCAAAUCGUAGUUCAGGGGGAACUUAGUCACACUGUCUAUUCCGAACGCUCUAUUCCGGUUAUUGAAGAAAUGGGAGAAUUAGAUGGAUCCACCUUUCAUGCUGUGGAAAUCAUGCAAGCUGUGAAAAUAGGGGAAAUGGCGGGAUCUGAUGAAAUAAAGAUGCCAAGCGCAGCAAAGAUGGUAGCGUCAGAGAUGUUGAAGUAUGGCUACCAGCCAAAGUCUAGGUUAAGCCCAAAAUCUGAUGGCAUAAUUGAACGAAUCCAACUGAAGCAACAAAAGGGUACUUUUGGACUCGGGUAUGAUCCUAUGUUUGGAUAAACUAGCGGCACCAAGAGGAUCUUUGUACCAGAACAAGUUCCUGUCCAGGGUCAGAUGAUUGUGCCAGAGAUAGAUGAAGAUAUCAUAGAAGGAAUGGAGAACCUGUUCGUGAGAAUGAUUGAGGAGUAUUGUGGGGAAACUAAAGCAGAUGCCGAGAUACCGACCAUUCGUGAUGCCGAACCAGGAGAGAUCUUGCAGAAUUGGACUGUCAGCCCAUCCUUGGUUCGCCGGGAGUCUUGGUAGUGUGGAAUUGUAGUUUGUUUUCAAAAUAGCAUGAUCAAUUGAGGCUUGAAUCAUGCCUGUGCUCUUUUGUCAUCUGCCUUUUUCUUUAAAAGCCUUGAAUGCUUCUUUAAUGAAAAUGCAUUUUUAUUUUUCUAUUAAAAUAGCAUAUCUUACUUAUACUCGCCUUUCUUUAAUGAAAAUGCAUUUUUAUUUUUUCUGUUAAAAUAGCAUAUCUUACUUAUACUCGCCUUUCUUUUUCAGCACUCAAACUAGUAAAAAUAUUCGUUCUAUGAUUAUGACAUGUAACGAAACCAUUGAGAAAAGUACAAGCGACGAACAAGAUUACGAGGAAUACGACGAAAACAUGAUGCCUGAGAAUCUUCCGCAAGAGAUCGAGCAACUCGAGAAUCAAAAGAAGCCGAACUUGGAUGAAACUGAGAUAGUUAACUUGGGAGACGACGAAACAGUGAAGGAAACUCGGAUCAGCAUACACUUAGAAGCUGAACGGAAGCAGGAAUUGUUGGAAUUGCUUAAGCAGUAUGUUGACGUAUUUUCUUGGUCCUACGACGACAUGCCCGGGCUGAGCACCGACAUCGUCUCUCACAGGCUACCAACUGAUCCCACCCACCCGCCGAUCAAGCAAAAGCCAAGAAAGUUCAAGCCCGAUUUGAGUUUGACGAUCAAAGAGGAAGUCACCAAGCAGAUUGAAGCAAAUAUUGUGAGGGUUACAACCUACCCUUCCUGGUUGGCCAACAUUGUGCCCGUCCCAAAGAAGGACGAAAAAAUCAGGAUAUGUGUGGAUUAUCGGGAUCUCAACAAAGCUAGUCCUAAGGAUGAUUUCCCUCUUCCGAUCAUCCACAUACUCAUCGAUAACUAUGCAAAACAUGAGUUGCAAUCAUUUGUCGAUUGCUUUGUAGGAUAUCAUCAGAUUUUGAUGCAUGAGGAUGAUGUAGAGAAAACGGGGUUUACCACUCCAUGGGGAGUGUACUGCUACCGAGUAAUGCCAUUUGGCCUCAAGAAUGCUGGUGCGACCUA